AUGGAUGUAAGAAAGAUAAACGAGAUUAAGCAUGCGCUUUUUUUUGCCAUAACUGUGUGCAUCUUGCUGUAUACUGUGAUGAUUUUGUUUGAUUAUGCGGUACUUAAUGCAAGGAAGAGAAUAUUCGAAGAGAACCUUGGUAGAUACCGGGGCUUUCAAGAGGCUGGCAGGGCAGAGCCUUCGUUCUGGAUGUUUGAUUACUUUCGCUAUGUCUGGAGGUUUGUAAGAUGCCUAAUAUUUAAAGGCCUGGCUGAUGAUCUGCCAUACAAGAAUGCAAAAGAAAAGUUAUAUUUUCUCGAGGAGAUGCUGUAUGAUCUUAAGAUGAUAAUCAUAUCUGCAAAGCUAGCAGAGAAAACCUACUUUCCGGCAGGGAAUGCAAUUAAUCAGUUGCUUGGAAUGAAUCUUUCAGAACUCCAUCAAGACGAUGCUGUUGAGCAUAAUAUGGUUUACAAAAGAUUUAUUGCAUUGAUACCGGAAGGAUUUGAGAAUGUACAGCUCGAACUGCGGGUUUUUGGAAAUGAGAAGAAAAUGAGCCUGCAUACGCAUGUGGUGCUUGUAAUGAUGCAAUACUUGCAUCAGAAGUAA